AUGGUUGACACACAAGGCUUGAUAUAUAUUAACGAAGUACUGAACUCUUCCGAGAUCAGUUCUUUGCUAUCUCACCCACCAUACCAACUAACGCUCACGGUGGAAGAAUUGACAAAAGCACCAUCUAUGAAAAACAACCAAUCUAAAUAUGGCACUUCUAAUGAUAAAAUCCCUCGUCCUUCUAAUCCCUUUAUGAUAUAUCGUAAAAAUUACGCUGCCAAAAUGAAGUCAAUGCAAUUGGCUGCACAUACAACCAAAACUUCAGUGAAAGUAGCCAAAAUCUGGGCCCAAGAGUCUAAACCGGUGAAAAGAUUCUUUGAAAUUUUAUCUUUGAUGGCCAAGAAGAAUCAUUUGUUGAUGCAUCCGAAUUAUAAAUUUCAACCAGAUAAAAGCAAGAAGCAAAAAGGAUUGAAGUUUCGUGAGUUUUAUUUGAAGAAAACGAUUAAUAAAGAUAAAAACUCUAAAAAAUCUCAUGACUUAACCGUGACCAGAUCCAUAACUGAUGAUAAACAACAAUCUUUCGACAAUUUAUUCAAAUUACAACAAGAAAAUUUACUGUCCCCCAAGCAAAAGGCUCUUUCUGUUCCUCAAUCACCUCAAAUGUUAUAUUAUGGUCUUCCUGAAAUUGAUGAUCCAUUAUUUAUUAUUCAUGGGCAUAUUAAUAGUUAA